AUGGAUGCCUUCCCGAUCUUGCCACCCGGCACUCCCCUCGUCGACAUCCACAACACGUUUGGUGCCGCGUACAUCGGCAGCUUGGCAUCCAUGGGCCUCCUCGGCGCUACCGUCCUUCAGGCAUGGUUCUACUACAACAGCUUCCCGGAGGAUCCCAAAUGGAUCAAGCUCAUGGUCUUCUGUGUUGUAGCUAUCGAGUUUAUUCGGUCGACAUUUACCGCCCACGCCGUCUAUUACUACCUCGUCCUGAACUGGGGCAACGUCCUUGGCCUGCAAGGAAUCGUAUGGAGUUUGAGUUCAAUUGUCAUCACCACCAACAUUGGCGAGCUAUUUGGCCAUCUCUACUUCGCGUGGCGUAUCUAUAUGUUCAGUGUGGGAUGGAUGCGCCCAGUCCUAACCGGCCUUGUGGUCGUCCUCACCUUCUGGAACUUCGGCAUGGGUACCGCGACCUUCGUCAAUCUUGCUCAGGCGACGAACAUCAAUGACUACACCGGUGGGGCUCAGACUGUCCUCGCUCCGUUCGCGCUCGCCACCGCGAUUGCAACCGACGUCGCAAUUGCCGCAUGCCUCGUCUUCCUCCUCAGCCGGACCCGCACCGGGUUCUCGCGAACAAACCGGAUAAUCAACCUGCUCAUGUUCUACGCCAUUCAAGUGGGGGCGAUCACUGUCCUGGCUGAUGUCGCGGUGAUCAUCUUGAACCACUACAUCGACCGGGUCGGGUUCGCGUACAUCGGCGUGUACGCCGUCAUCGGAAACCUCUACGCGAACUCGCUCCUCGCGAGCCUCAACGCGCGCACGGCGCUUAAGAGCAACCUGUCCACCGUGCUCUCCUCCAUGCAGGCCGCGACGGGCCGCUCCCACUCCACCGGCCAGUCGAGCACGAUCCGCUCCGCGGGCAGCCCCAAGAUCACCCCGAACGACCGCGCGAUCCACCUGCAGACAUUCGAGUCCGCCACCGGCGCCGCCGAAGCGUACGCCUACCGCCCCUCGGAGGAGGUCAAGGGCGCGCCGCCGUACGGGCCCGACAGCCGGCGCGGCUCAGAGAACCCUGUGUCGAAGUCUGAAGAUAUAAACCCGGCGCCUCAAUUUCCUGGCUUUGAGUCUUGCAGGUUUUACGCGCAAGGUCGAUGCAACAAAGGGGAAACACGUCCCUUCUGGCACCCUUCAUCUCUACGCCCAACAAUCGAGAGCAUCGUAACCAGCUUUGAGUCUUGUGUCGUUCUCGUCCACAACCUACCCGCUUCCACUUCACACUCCCGGCUCAUCGCCCUGGUGGAACGCUGCGGUGACCUCAAGACCUGCAUCCUCACUCCCGCGCGUGACACCCACUCUCGAGGGUCGGCCCGCAUCGAGUACCUCAACGCCUUCGAUGCCUCGCGCGCCGCCGCCGAGAUCGUCGACAUCGCUGAGCCUUGCCACCCCACCGCACGGCUCGACCUGCGCGCGCGGGAGAGCGGAAAGGCAGUCCUGCAGAGCACCAAGGUCAAGCUCAGCCGGUACGCGCCCACGCGCAUCGCCUGGACGCACUACUCCUCGAUCGCACGGGCCAAGACGGAGGCCGCGCGCAUCAACGGGGAGCCGUUCGACGGGCACCCCGUUCGCGCCUCAUUCCAAACCCCGACACGGAACCAGACGAGGAACUUCCCCGUGGAGAUCAACCUCGACGCCGACGCACCUCACAUCCAGCGGUUCAGCCAGCGGCGGCUCCACGACCUCCUCGCCCGCGCGGGGCCCCUCGAGUCCUUCGAGCCCAUCGAGCCCUCCCCGCAGGCGCACAAGAAGCCGUCGGCGAAGCUCGUCGCCUUCGCGCAGUUCGCGGACCCCGCCGCGGCUGCGCGCGCCGUCGCAAACCUCCACGGCACGCAGCAGCCCUUCCUCCGCAACAGCCAGGUCUUCCUUGAGCCCGUGCACGCGGUCAAGUACGCGCUGCCGCCCGCGCAAUACGUCGCGCUCCGCGCCGAGCUCGACGCGCCGGGCGCGCAGCACGCGACGCACAGGGCGCGCCGGUCCCGCGCGUGUCCGUGCGCGCGUACGGUCCCGACGCGCGUGCGCUGCCAAUAG